AUGUCUGCGUCCGUCAUGACCUCUGAAAUCAGUCUCACCCGCUCCCAGCUCGACACGACAAUCAUGGAAAUGUUAAACAUCCGACCAGGAGAGAGUGGACUAACGGCCGUCUGUAGAGGUAACCCCAUCACAGCCUCUGGCAAACGGAAACAAAUUUUUCGCAUAUUUUCCGUGGUGUGUGUUCCGAUUGUGAUACUAAUCGGCAUGACGGCGAACACGUUCGCCACCACAUUGCAGGGCUACCUGGAAGCCACAUCGAUACGUGAUAGUCUCCGAUUCAGCACCCAGCUCGGAACGCUCAUUCACCAGUUACAGAGGGAACGCGACCAGAGCGCCCUCUAUAUAAGCGCAAUUGGACCGGAAACGAAACUCAAGCUGCUUCAAGCAUACACGGCCACCGACCUAGUACUUGAGCAAUUGGACCAAUGGCCAAAAACCGACAACAACGACCUCAAACAGUUCCAGAAGAAGGAAAAGUUUCAGGUGUUUCUAAACCAGCACCGGUAUCGAUUGGACACCAUCAACCAAUCGGUGACAGAUGAGCUUCAACAUUAUACCAGCGACAUCCUGAUAUUCGUGGAGUGGCUGUACGACUCGAUCUCCGAGGCUCGUUCCGGGACUGUCUGGAGAAGUCUGGUGGCUUUCCUAGAAAUCACGGACGCCAAGGUCAGUAUCUAUCGCAACCCUGUACGAUCUAACAUCAUCCCAUACGAGCAGGAAUCGUUGGGACUCGAACGUGCCCUUGGCGCCAUCUGCUUGGCUCGUGGUGGCUUCCCCACGUUUGAAGACUACUUAUGGUUCGCUCAGAGUCAAGACGUCGCCAACGCCUCCUUCUCUUCCGCUAGGCUUUUCUCCAGUAUCGCAGGCGACAUCUUCGAUUCUCUUGUGGAAAAAAACCAGUCCUUUCUCACAGACCUGCAUGAUCUAAGAAUAGACCUUCGUCUGAACGGUUCCUUGGUCCGGAACGCUUCUAUACAAGAGGCUGAGAGCUGGUUCGACAAAAUGUCAGUCUACCAGGAUGUCCUACUGGAGACACAGAAGGCUCUGGUGAAUAAAAUCAGCCUGAAGCUAGAUGAGCGUGAUGAGGAGGACCUGACGAAGAUGAUUGUCAUUGCCGUGGUUUUUGGAUUAGUUCUGAUGAUGUGUCCUCUCAUCAUGCAGGGAGUCUACUCUUUGACCACCGAGAUGCAACGUUACUCAAUCUCCCUAGCCGACAGGACAAAGGCUCUGAAGACGGAGCAGAAGCGGACCAAUUCCUUGUUGUACCAGAUGCUUCCGAAAUCUGUGGCUGAGCAGCUGAAGAAGAACGAAGAAGUGACCGCUGAGACGUUUGAUGAAGUCACCAUCUUCUUCUCGGACAUCGUUGGCUUCACGUCUCUCUCGGCUCAGUGCUCUCCCGUACAAGUGGUUAACAUGCUGAACAGCCUGUACACGCUGUUUGACGACAGGAUCGACAAGUACGACGUGUACAAGGUGGAGACCAUCGGGGACGCUUACAUGGUGGCUUCUGGCCUGCCACAUAGGAACGGCAAACGUCACGCAGCCGAGAUCGGCACCAUGGCCCUGGACCUCUUGAACAACAUCACCAGCGUGGAGAUCCCCCACCUGCCGGAGACACACUUCAAGCUCCGCAUCGGUCUUCACACAGGCCCGGCCGUUGCUGGCGUCGUUGGGUAUAAGAUGCCGCGGUAUUGCUUGUUUGGAGAAAGCGUAACUAUUGCCUCCCGCAUGGAAUCUCUUGGAGAAGCCAAGCGCAUUCACGUCAGCCAAACAACAUACGACACUCUCCAGGAAAUGGGAGGGUUCCAACUGGAGCUACGCAAAGAUGACGUCGUCAGUAAGGACCCAUCGCUAAGCGCAUCUCUGAAAAACAACCUGCGCACAUAUUGGCUGACGGGACGAGUGGGAAUGAAUCUUAAAGCUCGAGCUGCAACACCUUCGGGAUCAGAUUUUUCUGAACUGGACAACGAUGAACCCAGGAAAAAGGUUUCAGCCAUACCUGCGGAAAUCAAGCCAGUUUCUGUGAAUGCCAAAACAGCGACUCAACGACGAAUCAGUGCUAAUGACGGUACACACGUGUUACACGAGGCUCUGUUCGAGUACGACCAGGGUCCAGGUAAACGCUGGCAUGAUCACAAGUGA